AGACUCCCGAGCUGUGGGGCUGAGAGCAGCCGAGAAUGCGCGUGGGAGCCCAGCCACCCAGGGCGCCAGGCUCGGCCUUCCUGCUCCUGGGGCUCGCGCUGGGCGCUGCGGCCCAGCUCAGCUGUGUUGGGGACACCUACCCCAGUGGCAGCAGGUGCUGUAAGGAGUGCCAGCCAGGUUAUGGGAUGGAGAGCCGCUGCACCCACGCCCGGGACACGGUGUGCCAUCCGUGUGAGCCUGGCUUCUACAACGAGGCGGUCAACUACGAGGCCUGCAAGCCCUGCACACAGUGCAACCAGAGAAGUGGGAGCGAGCCCAAGCAGAGAUGCACACCCACAAGAGACACGGUCUGCGGCUGCAGGCCGGGCACCCAGCCCCAGGAUGGCUAUGGCUACAAGCGUGGAGUUGACUGUGCCCCGUGCCCACCAGGACACUUCUCCCUGGGCAACGACCAGGCCUGCCAGCCCUGGACCAACUGCACCUCAUUAGGAAAGCGAACACUGCAGGCGGCCAGCAACAGCUCGGACGCUGUCUGUGAGGACAGGAGCACCCGACUCACACCAGCCUGGGAGACCCAGGGCCCCGCAGCCCGGUCCACCCCCGCUCAGCCCACCACCACCUGGCCGACGGCCUCACAGGGGCCCUCCACGCCCCACGCAGAGCCCCCCAAGGGCCCUGAGCUGGCCGCUGUCCUGGGCCUGGGCCUGGGCCUGGGCCUGCUCGGCCCCGUGGCUGCCGCGCUGGCAUUGCUCCUGCACCACAGGGCCUGGAGGCCGACGCCCAACGCCCCCAAGCCCCCCGGGGAAAACAGCUUCCGGACCCCCAUCCAAGAGGAGCAUGCCGAUGCCAACUCCAGCCUGGCCAAGGUCUGAGCAACGCCCGCUGGCGUAGGAGCCGGCGCCCCUCCCCAGGCUGGGGCCCCAGAGGGGCAGCGGGGGCCCCAGACGCAGGCCGUCCCACCCUGUCACCCCCGGACCCUGGCGCCCUGUCCCCCCGCCCUGUGCCGUUUUAGGUGCUCCUGGGCUGGCACCCUGGGCCCUGCUAUGUAUGCUGUGCGUACUCCCCACCCAGGGUGGCCCCAAUAAACGACGUUGGCA